AUGAUUCCCCAGUAAUAUUCCCUGCCCUGAUCCAAGGUGCCACUCGGCCUCCCUCCCAGGGAAGACUGCUUCUCGUGUAACACCAGCCACAGAAGGAGACUCCGAUGGACUUACACCGGGCAGCCUUCAAGAUGGAGAACUCAUCCUACCUCCCCAACCCGCUGGCAUCCCCAGCACUGAUGGUCCUGGCGUCCACGGCUGAGGCCAGCCGCGAUGCUUCCAUCCCUUGUCAGCAGCCACGACCCUUUGGUGUACCUGUCUCAGUAGACAAGGACGUGCAUAUUCCCUUCACCAACGGUUCCUACACCUUUGCCUCUAUGUACCAUCGGCAAGGUGGGGUGCCCGGCACUUUUGCCAAUCGUGAUUUUCCCCCUUCUUUACUGCACCUCCACCCUCAGUUUGCUCCCCCAAAUCUAGAUUGCACCCCAAUCAGUAUGCUGAAUCAUAGUGGAGUGGGGGCUUUCCGUCCCUUCGCUUCCACUGAGGACCGCGAGAGUUACCAGUCAGCCUUUACGCCGGCCAAGCGACUUAAGAACUGCCAUGACACAGAGUCUCCCCACUUGCGCUUCUCAGAUGCAGAUGGCAAGGAAUAUGACUUUGGGACACAGCUGCCAUCUAGCUCCCCCGGUUCACUUAAGGUUGAUGAUACUGGGAAGAAGAUUUUUGCUGUCUCUGGCCUCAUUUCGGAUCGGGAAGCCUCUUCUAGCCCAGAGGAUCGGAAUGACAGAUGUAAGAAAAAGGCAGCAGCGUUGUUUGACAGCCAGGCCCCUAUCUGCCCCAUCUGCCAGGUGCUGCUAAGGCCCAGUGAGUUGCAGGAGCAUAUGGAACAAGAACUGGAACAGCUGGCCCAGCUGCCUGCCAGCAAGAAUUCCCUUCUGAAGGAUGCCAUGGCUCCAGGCACCCCCAAGUCCCUCCUGUUGUCUGCUUCCAUCAAGAGAGAAGGAGAGUCCCCAACAGCGUCCCCACACUCCUCCACUACCGAUGACCUGCACCACUCAGACAGAUACCAGACCUUCCUGCGAGUGCGAGCCAACCGGCAAACCCGACUGAAUGCUCGGAUUGGGAAAAUGAAACGGAGGAAGCAAGAUGAAGGGCAGGUAUGUCCCCUGUGCAACCGCCCCCUGGCAGGAUCGGAGCAGGAGAUGAGUAGGCAUGUGGAGCAUUGCCUUUCGAAGAGGGAAGGCUCCUGCAUGGCCGAGGAUGAUGCUGUGGAUAUCGAGCACGAGAACAGCAACCGCUUUGAGGAAUAUGAGUGGUGCGGGCAGAAGCGGAUCCGGGCCACCACUCUCCUGGAAGGUGGUUUCCGAGGCUCUGGCUUCGUCAUGUGCAGCGGCAAAGAGAAUCCGGACAGCGACGCUGACCUGGAUGUGGAUGGGGAUGACACUCUGGAAUAUGGGAAGCCGCAAUACACAGAGGCUGACGUCAUCCCCUGCACAGGCGAGGAGCCUGGUGAAGCCAAGGAGAGAGAGGCACUCCGGGGCGCAGUUCUAAAUGGCGGCCCUCCCAGCACACGCAUCACACCUGAGUUCUCUAAAUGGGCCAGUGAUGAGAUGCCAUCUACCAGCAACGGUGAGAGCAGCAAGCAGGAGGCCAUGCAGAAGACCUGCAAGAAUAGUGACAUCGAGAAAAUCACCGAAGAUUCAGCUGUGACCACGUUUGAGGCCCUGAAGGCUCGGGUCAGGGAACUUGAACGGCAGCUAUCCCGUGGGGACCGUUACAAAUGCCUCAUCUGUAUGGACUCCUACUCGAUGCCCCUAACGUCCAUCCAGUGUUGGCAUGUGCACUGCGAGGAGUGCUGGCUACGGACCCUGGGUGCCAAGAAGCUCUGCCCUCAGUGCAACACCAUCACAGCGCCCGGAGACCUGCGGAGAAUCUACUUGUGAGCUAGCCGCCCCUGGCGGCCCUUGCUGCGAGCAGCCCCACCUGCCCGCCUCUGUGAUGUGACCCUCCCCCUUGUACAUACUUGCACACAGGUUCCCCAUGUACAUACAUGCGCGUGCACACAUAUGCGUGUGCGCACACACA